UGGUAGUCAGACGGGGCCAGCCCCACAGACGUUGGACACUGACCCUUUCCACGCCUUCUUCGUCUCAUCAAUUCAGUGUCCUGAUUCCUCUCAGGCAGACUCAGGCUGCGAGCUGACAAGGUAGGACAUAAGGGUUUGUAAAACUUGUUAUUGGUGGAUUAACUCUGAGGAUCUUGUCUGUUUUUGAUUUUAAAGUCGCCUAAAUCUCUGCAGUGAACGCGUCUCCACCAACAGCGCGCGUCCACGUUUUAGAACCAGCUGCGUGCUCGUUUUUUCCUCUAUACGUCUUUUUGCUCUCUCUCUCUCUCUCUCUCUCUCUCUCUCUCUCUCUCUCUCUGCGCGCGCUGUCACUUGCCACUUGCAUCUUCAUAUUCACUCAUGGCCAUGCUGUCUCCAAAUAUUUGAAGAUUUAAAAAAAAUAAAAGAGCUAUAGAGUAAAACACUUGCCUCGGGACUAUCUCUCUCUCUGUCUGUCUUUCUCUCUCUAUUUUACACCAUCACAUCCGCUGCUGUACAUCGCACAUCGGGUAAUAGGCUAUUUUUUGAGGAACUAGACUUUUAUCCUCUGCUUGCUGUGCCCAUGGGGUGGGUAAAAUAAUGAAAAAUCACUUGUUAUCUAACAUCUAUCUAAUGUCAGUGACACAAAAUGCACAAACUGAAAACGUUUUUGGAUUGCUUGUCUGCCAUUCACAAAUACACACGAGUUUUAGGUCUGUAGAAGUUUGCCUGAGUCAGUGCAGCGUCCAAAUUCUUGCACUUUGCUUUUGCAACAGACAAAAAAGAUAAAAUAUAGAGUACAGAUUUGUCAAAUGAAGAAUUAACAAUGCAUCUUGGUGCUUAACUGCAUGUCAGGUGAGAGGUACAGCUCUAACACAGGCACAGGUAUGCAGUUACCUAAAAAUUUUAUCUCCUCUGUCUAUCUCACUGUUAUCAAAAACACACCAGAUCCAUUUUUAAAGGAAAAAUAGCUUGAAGUAGGGCUAGGCGAUAUAGGAAAAAGUUUAUAACAUUUUUAAUUUUUUAUUUAUUUAUCUUUUUGUAAGAUCAGUUGAAAUCAAUACCUUACAAUAUAAAAAAAAAUCACUUGUCAAUGUCAAUGAUGCCUGUUACUCGUAAAUGAAAUUUAACAGUGCAAUACUAUAGGCAACGGAUCUGUGAGGUCUUUAUGUCUCUUCGAUGUUUUGUCGUAAGGCAUUGCCCUAGAGAAAAUGGACUGAAUGGUCGGCUGUCCCCAUGGGCUCCUUGGUCCGCUCUGGGUUUGUAAACUUUUGCAUUCAGGUGGUGAAAAAGUAUUCCCCGAUUUGUGGGGACAUGUACUUGACAUAAUUUGCAGUGCACAUUACCCUGCUUCAGGUCCGACCUCAAAAAAAUCUAAAUACUGCCACACCACCGACGUUUUUUGAUUGGCUUGUAUAGUAUACCAAAACAUGGCAGAAUGCUGGCUACCGAAAAGCAAAUUGACCAUGUUUUAUAUUGAUGCAGCAUUCAUUCUAUCGCCCAGCCCUAGCUUGAAUACAAACUAGAUAACCAAACUUUUGAUUCUUAAAUUCCAGCCGAACACUGCUUUUUCCCUGACAAUAUCCAGCUUUGCUGUCUGACCAGUCACUUAAACAACCUCUGAAUCUCUGUCUCCUCUGAGCAGAGACGUCCUCCUCUACCUGGAAAAGGUGGUAGAUGUGUUAAUACUUGCUGUCCGUGUUACACCCUGUUGUUUCAGCCCUGUCUCUGUUUUUGUCACAAAUCAGCUUUUUUGAAGUGGAUCCAAAGUUAUACAGUACUGGACUUUGCUUUGUCUUCCAUAAAUUUUCCCAUACAGAGCUUGCUGUGUUGAACCCUAGAGGGGAAAAAAAGCGUUUAUUACUGUCAGGCUGUAUGGUGGAGUUGUUAGGUCAUGAUUUGCAGACUUUGUGCAACAGAGGCACACAUAAAUGGAGGCUUACCCAGAGGCUGUAUUUUUUGUUGUGCAUUCUUAUUUGUGGAAAAAUAGCCUACAGUUAUAUUUCUAUUUAAAUAAUGAAUAUGAGUCAAGAAACCCAAAAAUGAAAAUUUUAAACUGUACAGAAUUGAAAGGUGGUUAAAGGGAUAUUCUGGUGUAAAAUUAAUUUAGUUCUCUCUAGUUAUACCAACUUUAGUAACGACCACAGGAUAGCAAUACACAGUGGUCUGAGGAGCCAUAAACAAAAUUCAACCAAAACGCCACUCUAUAGCCACAAAUAAUGCUCAGAACUGCACCUUACUUCAUCAAUAGUACAUAUAGGGUCCCAGCCACAGCACUAGCCACCAAACAUCUUUUUAGCUUUGCCUAAUUUCUUUAGCAAAGAGACUAAACACAACUCACCUACUCUCUUCCAGCAGCUGCUUGUUUGUAGCAAGACCUCAGGCCAGUCCAUUACAGACUGCUGCGGGGUGACUAAGCUCAAGGAAGAACAUUUAUGAUCAUUUUUUCAUGGAAAUGCAAUCAGACCGAGAUACGAAGGCAGAAGAACUACAACGUCUGCAGUGCAAAAUGAUUAAUAAAGUGAUUAUUACUUCAAGAAAAUGAUAAGGAAAUUAUCAUAAAUGUAUAGGUCAGAUGAAGGCGACCUGAGCGUCCACACAUCGGAUACAUAGCCGAUUUAUAUCCACAAACAAAAGAGGCCUGGGUCGGAUUUGAAAAAAAAAUCAGAAUUGCACUGUUCACACUUACAUGAAAAAAUCAGAUAUGUAUCACAUAUGGUUAAAAAAUUGGAAUUGACCUGUAGUGUGAACAUAGCCUAACUCGGUGUUACAGUGUGUUUGACCCUAAAUUAGUUUUACGCCUGAAUAUCCCUUUAAGUUACAUUAAAGGUACAACAUCAUUAUUCAAAAUAAUGCCAACAUUAAAAUGAAUUAAAAACUUGACUUUGCCUAUUAAUGAGUGAUGGAUUACUUGAGGCAUGUCCAUCUCUGACCACAUCAAUAUAUUGUCAGUAAAAUUAAAAAAUGUAUUUCGAUAAAUUUUGUAAUGUUUGUUUGUGCUUGUGGUCCCUUUUCUCCAGGUUUUACCAUGGCAACAGUCCCUCUCUCCUCACACCUUGCCCUUCUUCUCCUCCUGUUGCCCCUUUUCCUGACUCCAUCAUUUGCCACUGAGGAUGACCUCAUUGUGAAUACAAAGCAUGGGAAAGUUAAAGGGAAGCCAUUGUCAGUGCUCGGUGGUGUGGUGAGGGCAUUUCUUGGAGUUCCUUAUGCUAAACCACCUGUGGGAACACUGAGAUUCAGAGCUCCAGAGCCUGUAAAUGGAUGGCAGGGGGUGAAAGAUUCGACUAGUUACCCAAAUACCUGUUACCAGGUCCCAGAUACAGUUUACAAAGGUAAGAUUAUGUAAUAGUAAUUUUUUGCUUCUCAAUUUCAUUGUUGAGAAAAAAUAAAUACUUAAGAGGUGCAAAAAUAUGACAAAGUUGUAAGUUUUGGCUUGCACAAAUUUUAAGCAACCCUGAAAUAGCAUGAACAGUACUUUUCAAUUGAUUAUUAUGAAGCAGGUGAAUGUAUGGAUUUCUACUGUAAGUGGCCACUGGAUCUGGUUUCUAACAAAAAAAAGUUUGUAGGCCAUAUGGUUGUAUCAGAUGUUUCUGAUAUGGAGAAAAAAUAAGAAUUUAAUAAGGCAACAGAUAAUUGAAUCCUGAUUUUAGUCUCUCUUAGAAUUAUCUAGGCUCCCAAUCCCUGGCAUUGCGCCUGUUUAUGUGUGCUUUGUCCAUCUUUUACAGUGUACUUCAAACUUUUUGUUGUAGAUUUGAUAUCUCCAACCCCGGUUCAGAAACAUCACCGUGACAUUAUAACGACAUUAUCACAGAGGUUAAUUUUAUCAGGAGGUGUGUUUCACAUUCCAUCAGUGCCACACACUCCAGAUCUGACCCGUGCCCCUCCUAGUACUACUUGUGUUUCCACUGUAAGUGCUGUGGCGUGGUCCCAGAAACGUCUCCCUGUUCGUAACCACUAGGGAGUCUCAAGCAAGAAUGCAUUAGAGUGUUAAAAUACAUUACACAUCCAUUUUCAGAAAGAAUUAAAUAUGGCACUGGUUAAACGAGUUUUCAUGUCCAAACUCCCCUUUGUAUACAGAGCCUAAAUGCAGUUCAAUCUGCUUUAGUGUUGUAUUGUUACACUGAAACAAGGCGUUGAAGCAGCUGUCAAGAGUUCAUGUUUAAAUAAAACAUUAGGCUACUUUUAGGGUUCAUGUAUAUUUGUGAGUGAUCGAAGGAUUUCUAAAUUUGUCAUAGGUGUUAAUAUAACCAUUCAGUUUUUUUAAAGACUUUCAUACAUCUUAGUUUCACAUGGUAAUAUCCCAUAAUAAUCUGUUAAGCAAACAAAAGUGUUUCAGCGUUUACUCAAACACAGCUUGAAUAUGAUAUGGAUACCCAAGAGCUGGAAGUAGUUGGGGUCAUGGAUAUAAAUAGAAAUUUUUGGGUGCAGCCACCUGUCAGAGGUUGUUUGGAAGCCAGUUGAGAACUUUGCCAGGCAUGUGUACUGAGUAUUUGCCCAAAAACAUACCCUAAGAAUAGACAUGAUGGUGCAGGAAGAUAUGGGCAGGAGGCAGGGAUGUUAGGCCAGGUUUUUUUUUGCUGUAGAUAAAGUGGUGUCCGACAAAGAGAAAGAAAAAAAAAACCUAUUUGAUGUUUCUGCUAAUGAAAUAAAUUGUCAUCAGCUGCCUAUAAUACUCAAACUAAAGCAGUAGCAAAAGACACUCCUUAAUUGUUUUCAUUAUAUUUACUAUAAAUGGCCACAGUGGUCAGCAUUUUAGGCAGCAGAUGCUUUUUAGCAGCAGAUGCGGCCAAUAGGGAUGGGCGAUAAAUUAUUGUUCAUGUUUUAUCGUCAGAAAAAUCCUCCAAUAGUUGUUUGCUAUUUCACGAUAAAUGCGAUAAACGCAUGUUGAUAAUGUAAUUAAGUUGAUGACAAAGCAGAAUAAAAAAUAAACGUGGCCGAAGGAGGUGAAUAUUUUUAUCGGGAAUUAUCGUUGUCACCAGAAUGGCAAAGCUUGUUGUGAUAUAUUUUUUUGCCCAUAUUGUCCAUCCCUUACAGCCAAUAUGCCAAUCAUUUCAGAGCUCCAGCAGUUCAAGUGUUCAUUGCGAGACUGAAGUCCUGACGACUCCCUGAUGACAUGCAUCAUAUGAUCAUUUUUUCCAGGGUUCAAAGGUGCAGAGAUGUGGAACCCUAACACUCCUCUGAGUGAGGACUGUCUGUACCUUAAUGUGUGGUCUCCUCAGUUCGAAAAAACCCGGACUAAUGGCCCAGUGUUAGCUCCUGUCCUUGUCUGGAUCUAUGGAGGCGGGUUUAAUGCAGGAACAUCUUCUCUCGACAUUUAUGAUGGCCGAUUUUUGUGUAAAUCGGAAGGUGUUGUUGUAGUAUCAAUGAAUUACAGGUAAGAAUUGGAGUAGAUUGAAUACAGAAAUUGUUAAAAGUUAAUCCACUUGUCUACUUUAGAAAAAAGGAGAAUAGAAAUAGGAACUUACAAGAAUAAAUAAGAAAUUAAAACAAAUUGUAAGAAGCGCAGAAUAUUUACAAAGAGUGCUCAAGAAAUGAACAAGCUUAAAGAGAAGGUAGUGCAACUAGAAGCCCCUUGAUCAUAAGCAAUUAUUUAAAUGUCAUAAAAGCAAUUUGUCCUUGGCAAACUCUGUGUGGUAUUAAGUUGUUUUUAACCAGCAUUGAAAGCUGCAUUAAAAACAGACUAAAUACUGCUGGUGCUAUAACCAAAAGAGCAGAAUCUGUUAACGGGAAAGCACUUACCAGUAUGUUGAAUAUGCCUUCCUUAUAGAUAUGGAUAAUCAACCACAAGGACAAAUGACAAGAUAAUGUCAAUUUAUCUGUGAUUUAAGGCUGUUAACAUCUUCCUCAUUCUUGUCUGUGACAGACUUGGAGCUCUUGGAUUCCUGGCUCUCCCAAACAACAAAAACAUCCAUGGAAAUGCUGGCCUGCUGGACCAGCGCUUGGCCCUCCAAUGGAUAGCAAAUAACAUUGCAGCUUUUGGUGGUGAUCCCACAAAGGUAAGGUGUGUAGGUAUCCUAAAAUCAGAAAAUGACUUAUUAGAUCUGUUUGGAUAGUACAGUAGAACAAUAACACAAGAUGUAACAUUAUUGAUUGUACCAUUGGCUCCAGGUGACUCUGUUUGGAGAGAGUGCUGGAGGAGCAUCAGUUGGCUUCCACCUUCUUUCACCGGGCAGCCAAGGUCUUUUCCAAAGAGCUGUAAUGCAGAGUGGCUCUCCUAAUGCACCCUGGGCCACAAUCAGCCAGAAUGAGGCCUGGCAAAGGUAAGAAGCAUUAAUUCAAUUAGUGAUGAUGUAUUUAUUUUGUUGUUUCCAUCUAUUCAUCGUGUGCGACAAGAUCCUUUUAUGUACUGUUUGAAAGACUGAGUACACCUGUGAAGGGUAGCGGUACCUGGAAAUCAUGGUGGGAGGAAAUAUGGAGCAGCUGGAUUUUUGGUAACUGGGCCUUAAGGUUUUUUACAAGAUUUAAUAUUGCUUCAACACACAACUUCAGAGAACUUAGAACAGCCACCUGCCAGCUGUGGCUAAGAUUAAACUGAGAUAAACAGUUAAUGAUAGUCUCACAGUGCAAUCACAGCUGAGUCUGAUAGUCCUUACCUACACCACUCUCUUUAUCAUAUUGAUAUUCCUCAUUCUGUGGCACCCCAGUUUCUACACUGUGUUAGCUUGUUGGUGUCGGAUAUCAUCAGUCUGACUGUUUUGUCAAACAUCUAGCUUUCUUUCGUCUUAUCUACAGUAAAUUAAUGUGUUCCAUUAUUAUCUGAUUUGCAUGAAAUGGUUCUAUUUCCAUGAUCAGACCUGACACAGCCAAUCAACAUGAAGCAGCAAAAGUCAAAUAUCAUUAUAAUUGUGUGGUUGGCAGAACAUGGUCACCAUGUCCAUAUCAGUUACAGUUGUAGAAAUGGAUAGAGGGCGACUGGGGGACAGCUGAGCCUUUUCCAGGGGUCAAUAUAAGCCUUCUACACCACCUUCACAAACACACACACAUUGCCAUUGGGAUUUGAUAUUAAAAGUACGUUUUCAACAUACUCCUUGAAAACCAGCCUUAUAUGUUUUCUUACUUCUUCUCUUCAUCUGUCUGUAGGUCCAUGAAACUAGCCACUGAAAUGGGGUGUCCUACAUCUGACGCGUCUCGAAUGGAGAUAUGUCUGGAGAAGGCUAAUGCUUGGGAACUUACUGUGAAAAGUUAUGAAGUUCUCCCUAAACCAACAUUUACACCCUUGCCCUUUGUCCCAAUCGAGGAUGGGGUCUUCCUACCAAAAACAGUUGAUGUAUGUAUGGCUCUGUAUGUUUGGGUGGGACAAGCCAAUAAGGGUGAAAAUGCCUACACUGGACAUGAUACUGUCCUAAGUAAAUGUCAGUUUUGUGGCCAGGGCACUGGGAUUCAGCUGACAGUGGAAUGAUAAUUUAAUGCCCCCUGAUUACGAUUACACAGGUUUCCAACAGCUGUAUCCUUGUUCCAAGCCUGCCAUCAGGCUUUUGUAAAAAAACAUUUGUUUCUUCCUGCAGAUGUUGCUGAGUUCUGGGAACCUCGGAAAGCAUGACGUGUUGUUUGGGUUAAACAAGGAUGAAGGAACCUACUUCCUGAUGUAUGGCAUGCCUGGUUUCAGCCUUGCUGACGAAAGUCUUAUUACACGGCAGGGAUUUCUCGAUGCAGUUGCCUUUACAAUGAAAGAUUCAAGUGCUACUGCAAGAGAAACAGCAAUUUUAGAGUACACGGAUUGGACAGAUGAGAAUAACAGGACGAAAAAUCGUGACUUACUGGGCAGUCUGGUUGGAGACCAAAUGUUCUGUUCUCUCCUGGAGUUUGCUCACAGGUAAAGACAAUUCAAAUUUAUAACAUAUACUGACUCAAAUGCAGGAUGCGUUUUCUCUAGCUACUUAUUAUUCCUCAUAUUUGUCAUAGUUUUUGAAUCUUAUUUUAAAAUCUGACCUUGGAAACAAGCAGCAUUUUGAAUUUUAAAGUUGUUUUAGGCACAAUGUAGUCCAGUUUGAGUGACCCACAACAGUACUCCUUGGUAAAACUAACAUUAAGCAAGGCAAGUUUUUAGUUUUCAGACAGGUGUUAAAAACUUCUUGAAAGUCAAACUCAAACAAUAAUUGUCAUUCAUUAUACUAAACACAUUGAAGUAAAACCAUGAGUACUUCACCUUUUACUUGCAGAGUUAGAUGUUGCAUUUAAGUUAAACUUUGUUUUUGAUAAGCACUGAGACUGAUCGAUCCAACCCUCCAAACAUUCUUUCCUUCAUUUCUUUAUUCAUGUAUUUAUUUAUUCAUUAAUAUAUACAGCGCUCUUGUCUGUCUGAAUUCAACCCUGUGCUUUAUCUACAUUAGAGAUUUUUGUUACCCAAAUUUAUCACAAUAAGUCGAUCAUAAUCAUUCUUGAGCAUGUUAUUUAAAACAGAAAUAAUUACUAGGUCCUACUAUGUAGAAAGGUAACUAAACCGUUUAAUGAAUUGGAGAAUUGUAAAAAAGAAAUUCUGGCAAUUGUACGUAUUGAUGUUGAUACUAAGCGUGCUUUUAACAACUUGCCUUGGAAUUAGUCUCUCUGGUCCUUCCAAGCUUACUGAUUGGAUGGAGUGGAUCCUUGAUGGUCUUCUAAACUUAUAUGAGCUGCACUUGGGCCACCAGUGUUUGUGGUGGCAGUCAAUGUAACUUGAAUAGUUACAAUUUUGAAGGCAGAAAGCUCAUGCCUGGACGAUCUCAACCCAUGUCUACUGGUACCAUUAUGUGGUUGUUGGCUGUUUGUCAAAUUGAGGCACAAGACCUUUUUGAUUACUGUGAUUUAUUCGCUUUUUCCUUUAGUUACUAGAUACACCUCCACAGAAAUUUAUGUAGUUACACUUGGGUGUGACUUGGUCAUGUGUUCUGCAACAAUCAUAAUGUCACAAAAUAAAAGAAAAAAAUGUCUUCAUUAGAUGCAUCAAGUGUGACUGACUCAGAGCACCAGAGGAGUUCUUAUGUUUUUUUUAUUGUUUUUUUUCUUCUUCUUGUUUUUUUAGGUACUCUCAACGUGGGGGGAAGAGUUUCCUUUAUUCUUUUGAACACCGGUCUUCUGUCAAUCCUUGGCCUGCCUGGUUGGGUAUUAUGCAUGGCUAUGAGAUUGAAUUUGUCUUUGGAAUGCCUUUGAACGCGACUCUUGGAUACACAAAGAAUGAGGUGAACAUGACCAGGAAGUUUAUGAAACAUUGGGCCAACUUUGCACGGACGGGGUGAGCGUAAUCAGAUCAGCAAUCAGCUACUCGCACUGAGUGAGGGCCUUUGUGACACUGAUGAGAUAUCUUGAUUGGGUUUUCUUUUUGUCAGGAAUCCAAGCAUUGAUGGAGCUCAGUGGCCCACGUUCACCCCUGAACAGCGGGGGUACGUCACUCUGGACUACAACCAUCCACAACAAAAGAGGAUGAUGAGGGCUAAAGAGUGUCACCUCUGGAACAAAGUUCUUCCGGGAAUACAGAAAGUCUCAGGUUAGAAAAACAUGAAAGAUACCCCCCCAUCUAUGUAUGUAUGUAUGUAUCUAUGAAUGUAUCUAUCUAUCAAUCUAUCUAUCUAUCUAUCUAUCUAUCUAUCUAUCUAUCUAUCUAUCUAUCUAUCUAUCUAUCUAUCAUGUCCGUCCGUCCGUCCAUCUCUAUGUAUCUACCUCACAUACAGUACUCACACAUGCUACCCCGUAGAGUUAUCUUUAGAAGGAGGCAUUGCGUCACAAUCUGCCACGGCGGUGUUAGCCCAGUUUAGCCUCUGGAGGACGUGUAUCCUGGCUUGCUCCCCCUCUGUUCUACCAGUUCUGGAGAUCUGAGUGGGAGAAGUGAAGGGCCAGUCAUCACUCCACUGAGUUCUGAUCACAUACAGUAUGAAUAAUAUCCCUAUACCUUCCCACAGAGACCAUUAUUCAUGAAUACACACACACACACCUCACAAAUUUAGUAAGGGUACUCAUGGUGCAAAUGAAACACUGUCAGCUGUGCUUCCAUGUUCUUCCUAUAAACACUUUCUCAAUACAUACAGACAUACAACACAAACAUGAUAAAACAUCCUCUUGUAAUGUGCAUCAGUGAAAAUAAAAUAAAAAUCUUUACCUCUUUUUCCACAGAUGACCUGUUGUCCUGUGUCACAGCCAAUGGGAUGAUACUCAACUUCAAUUACGCACUCCUCAUUAUCUUACCGGUUGUAACUUUAUUCUAUUUUUAGAGUGAAGACGCUUCAUUGACUUGGGUGUUGCUGAAAGUAUCCCAAACAAACAGAUUGAAAAAAUAUUCAAUAAUAUUUUAUUUGUUUCCUCAAAAUUGGUAUUUCAAAAGUUGGCAAGAUUUCUUUGUGUUGUAAUGUUUUUAUUUUUCAAAACCAGCAUUUACAAUGAUCUCAGUCUGUCUGAAGCAGACAUAAUGUGUGUGCCUUAAUGGGUGCUAAAAGGACCUAAAAAACCUCAGUACUUGUUAGCCUGUAAAUGAGAACAGUUAGCAUUGGAGUGACUGUGAUGGAGGGUGGGGCAGAACAAAGCACUGUUCUGUUUGUUUUCUGUUCUCUGUUAGCACUGCAAAUAUUUUUUAAACUCUUCAAUGGAAAAAAAGUAAGUAACAAUAAUCAAGCUGAAAAUGUAACCUAGCUGUACAAAUAAGACUGAGGCUGAAAUUAUUCCAGUGUUGCGUAAAUGGUCUUCAACUGAUGGAUUUAUCUCAAGACAACCAGGGCUGCUUUUGACUGUUAUUGAUGUGUUGUCUAUUUUUAAGAAAAAAUAAAGACAAUACAAUUACAAAAAUGUA